AAACCGCCAAAGGAGAAAAAACGAGUGAAAAGGAAGAAAGAAAGGCUACAGGGCAGGUUGUUGUUGUCAUUGGCAGGCUCCUGUACUUGUUUGUCUGUCAUCUAAAAUCGCUCUCUGGUGAUACAGCAUACCCGAAAUGGACCCGAGCACGACCAUCCUGCGGGUGAAGAGGAAGAGAGGCACCGACCCGGCGGACGCGCUGCUGCUGGCCUGUAAGCGGAUCCGUCCGGAGGCCACAGCUGCUCAGCCCCGCGAGGAGGAGAGUGAACCAGAGCCAGAGGAGCCCAAGAUCGAGAACUCCGUGUUCAAACUAGUGGCCACCGUGGUGUCACAGGACGCUCCGGUACAGCCACAUGUCCGUGAGGCUAUGGCUCGGCCACGUCUCGCCCAUCAUGCCUUGCGGCCAUCCCAAGGAAGCACUCAGAGGAUCAUCGGUGAUCUGCGCAGUGUCAAAUGGAGCACCAGGCGAGAGGAACGGUACCGGAUCCUGUCCAGCCACCGGGCCGGACUACCGGCAGAGCCUGCUCCUGCAAGAGGAGGAGAGGAGAACAAUGACAGCCAAACAGAGAGCCACAACGGCCUGUCUUUGGGAGAGGUGCAAGUGUUUGAUAUUGUGCAUGAAGAGGAGGAUGUUAAGAUGCCAGGCAAGACUGUAUCUGACCCGGAGACAAUCCUGUGUAACUCUGUGAAGAUGAUUCGUGAGAAGCUGAGUGUGUCGGGAGAUGGGCUCGGUACUGAACAUCGAGAGAAAGAGGAUGAUUACGUGUAUGACUUGUACUACCAGGAGACGGCCACACCAGGCUGGAUCCAAGACAUUCUGUCUGUCAGACCCUACACACAAGAGGGAGAGCUGGUCCCUGAUGAAGUGGCCUGGGAGGUGGAGGUGUAUGAAGAUGAGGAUGAUGAGAACGCUGAAACCAACUGGAGAAAUGACUACCCAGAUGAGAGCAGUGAGGAUGACAGUGAUGCAGAGGAGCGUUAUGGAGGUUGCUGGAGUGAAGAGCACUCAUACAGCAGGAGGAGCUGGGAACGGUACCAGCCAGACAUGAUUGAGGAGUUGGAGAAUGACCGAGAUGAGGAGGAACGAGAGAGUAAUGAUUCUGACUGAGAGCCUCUGCGUGUGGGUACGAGCAUGAGAGAGGCUAUUUUUACUGACGUGUGUUGAGUGAAGCUGUAUGUUCUUUCGUCAAAAGUGAAUGUGUGUGUGGUAGCCCAUGUGUGUGUCCUUGUGUGGGUUGCUUUGACUUGCGUGUUAAUGAGACGAGUGAUUUUACUAUUUGCAAUAUUUUGCGAUUGUUUGAUGUGAAGAUAGUAUGGAGAGAAAAUGAUGAUAUUUUGAGUUUGUGUAAGUGUGGGGUGCUUUGUGUUGUCAGUUAUGUGUGUAGUGUUUGUAUGUUCCCGUAUCUAAGGGGAGAGAAACAAAAUACCUGUAAAUAUGUAGAUGUGUAUAAAAACAAAAACAAUAAAGACUUCAGAAUUAAACUGAAAA